AUGAAUGGAGCCGAUGUUAAACCUGAGCAUCUAUCAAGUGAAAUUCGUGUUAUACCACCAAGUCCCUACACCGAAGUUCGCAAACCAAGCAUCAAUAGAGAAAUAUUAGUUCCUGAAAAAGAAGCAACACUUGCAGGAAGUAAAACUCGAGAAAAAUCAGCGUUUAGUUUUCUUCAUGAUGCACAUAAAAAAACACUACUUGGCCGUAGUUCACUGAAUUGGGCUAGAUUAGCCGCAUUUUACACCGUAUUUUACUUUUGCCUGGGCUGUUUUUUUGUCAUUUUACUUUACGGAUUUGCCAUGAUUCUUAAUCGCGACGUGCCAAGAUAUUAUAAUCAAGAAAGUACAAUGGCUGUACGAACGACCGCUACUGUUGUCGGCAUGGGUUUUCGACCACAGCCAGAUGUCACCGAUAGUCUUAUUCAAGUAACCGAUGAUCCUCAGGAACAAAAGCGUAUUGCAUCAUCACUUCGAUUAUUUCGUGAUGUUUAUCUUAUUCAAAAAAAUGAUGCUAAAGCAGAAGAAUGUACUGAGAAAGACCCAGCGUCAGACUUAAUACCUGGUACAGCUUGUCAAUUUAAUUGGUUUCAUAUUGUUCCUACACAACAGCAUCCAUGUUCGGACAACAAUAUGUAUGGCUUUAAAAAAGAAGAACCAUGCGUUCUGGUUAAAAUAAAUAAAGUUUAUGGAUGGCAGCCACCGAAAGGUCAUAUACCGACGAAUAUACAGCAACUCCGAGGCGUUUAUAAUAAUAGAAGUGUAUCAAAACCAGAUGUUUACGUCACAUGCGAAGGAUCGAAUCCAGCUGAUCGAGAUAUUCUACAUGAUCUGACAUAUUAUUCGGCUGGAAGCAUGCCUGUUUCAUCAAAAUUUGGUGUUAUACCAAAUUAUUAUUUUCCAUAUCGAAAUGCUCCGGAUCAUGUUCAACCAUUUGUACUAGUUCAAUUUAAAAAUCUACCAUUAUUUCGUCUUAUUACUGUCACAUGUCGUGUUUGGGCACCAGGUAUUAUACACGAUACACGAGCUAUGCGUGGUAUGGUUAGUUUUCAACUAUUCCGUACGCAUAAUGUCACUCGGCCACAAAUUAAUAACAAAUAA